AGGUGUGUGUUUCUGAAAAAGUGGGAAGAGAGAGGUUUUCGGAUUUUACCGCUCAGUUACGCCGGAUUUUUGGAAUUCUGUUCACGUCCGUCAGGUUUGCUGUUUCAUUUUCGCUAUUCAUCCCCGGUAAGUUAGGGCUAUUGUCUAAAUCUUGAAUUAGGUUUUGAAUCGAUUGGUCUGGAUUCUGGUUUCUGAACGCCUCUUCUUCCAGAUGCGCUUGUUGAUUCGUAUUAUUGGAUGUGCUCCUUGUAGACUGGAUCGCCAAUCUUGAGAGUCUGAUAUAUUUUUAGGGUUUUCCAGUGAUGUUUACUCCUAAGAUGAAAGGGUGGUGGAAGGAGGGUACUUUAUCUUCUCCCGCAUCGAAUUUAAGCCCUAGAAAUGGGGAAACUUCUGUGAAGGGUAAGGCAGUUGCUAUCAUGGAGUCAACUCCUCCCGGAACUAUGGUUCUUACAGGAUUAGAGGAUGACAGCGAAGGACUGGUUCAGAAGGUUGCAAGACUUGAAAAUGAGCUGUUUGAGUACCAGUACAAUAUGGGUCUUCUAUUGAUUGAGAAAAAGGAGUGGACCUCGAAAUUUGAAGAACUCAGACAAGCCUUAGCUGAUGCAAAAGAUACCUUCCAGAGAGAACAAGAAGUUCAUCUCAUCUCUUUAUCUGAGGUUGAGAAACGGGAAGAGAACUUGAUGAAGGCGUUAGGCGUUGAGAGGCAGUGUGUGACAGAUCUGGAGAACGCAUUGCGUGAGAUGCGAUCUGGCAAUGCGGAAAUCAAGUUCACGUCGGAUUCCAAGCUGACUGAGGCAAAUGCUCUUGUCAUUAGUGUUGAGCAGAAGUCGUUGGAAGUAGAAGCAAAAUUACAUGCUGCAGAUGCCAAAUUUGCAGAAUUGAGCAGAAAGACCUCAGAGAUAGAGAGAAAAUCGCGUGAGGUUGAGGCUAAAGAGAAUGCGCUUCGAAGAGACCGUCUAUCAUUGAAUUCAGAGCAGGAUGCACGCAACAAUGCCAUAUAUAAAGAGAGAGAGGAAUUACGAGAAUGGGAAACUAAACUUCAACAAGAAGAAGAGAGGCUAUCUGAAUUAAGGAGGAUACUUAACCAAAGAGAGGAAAGAACAAAUGAGAAUGACCAUUCUUUGAAGCAGAAACAAGGGGAGAUUGAAGAGUUGCAGAAGAAGAUUGAUGUAGCUAACACAAAUUUGAAAAUGAAGGAAGAUGAUUUAUCCAGGAGGAUAGUCAACCUCACCAUUAAGGAGAAGGAAGCUGAUGCUGUGAAGAAUCAUUUAGAGAUGAAAGAAAAAGAAUUAUUAGCAAUGGAGGAGAUGCUUAGUGCCAGAGAAAAUGUUGAAAUCCAAAAGCUACUGGAUGAGCAUAAAGCCAUACUUGAGUCAAAGAAACAUGAGUUUGAGGUAGAAAUUGAACAGAAAAGGAGAGUUUUUGAUGAUGAAUUGAAAACCAGAGCAAUUGAAGUCGACAAGAAGGAAGUUGAAAUGAAUCACUUAGAGGAGAAAAUUAAGAAAAGGGAGCAGGCACUUGAAAAGAAACUGGAGAAAUUCAAGGAGAAAGAGAUAGAUUUGGAAUCAAAGUCAAAAUCUUUGAAGGAAAAGGAGAAAUCCAUCAAUGAUGAAGAGGAAAAGUUAGAGACUGAAAAGAAAGAAAUUCUUGUGGAUAAGGAAGAAAUGAUAAAUCUCAGAAUAGAGCUAGAGAGGAUGAGAGGUGAAAUUGAAGAACAACAUUCAAAGAUAAACGAAGAGAGGGAUCAGCUUAAAAUAACCGAGGAAGAGAGGGAAGAAUACUUGCGUCUGCAAUCAGAGCUAAAGCAGGAGAUUGAAAACUAUAGGUUGCAGAAGGACCUACUAGUGAAGGAAACUGAGGAGCUAAGGAGGGAAAAGGAGAGGUUUGAGAAAGAGUGGGAAGAAAUGGACGAGAAAAGAGUUUCUGUUGCUAAAGAGCUUGAAUAUCUCACUCUUGAAAAAGAAAAAUUUGAGAAGCAAAUACGAUUAGAGGAAGAGAAACUAAAUGAUGAGAAAUCGACCACACAGGAGUACAUUAAGAGGGAGCUGGAAACUCUCAAGCUUGAUAAAGAGUCAUUCGCUGCCAGCAUGGAACACGAGAAGGCAGUUAUAGCUGAAAACACUCAAAGUGAAAGAAGACAAAUGCUUGAACAAUUUGAUGUGCAAAAAAGAGAGCUCGAGACCGAAAUGCAGAAGAAAUGGGAUGAUAUGGAAAACCAACUGCGUGUGAAGGAAACACAGUUUGAGGCAGAAAGGGAGAAAGAAAUGAGCAACAUCAAUUAUUUGAGGGAAGUGGCUAGAAGAGAAAUGGAUGAGAUGAAAUUGGAAAGAUCGAGGUUAGAGAAAGAGAAACAAGAAACAGCUGCUAACCAGAAGCAUAUUGAGGUUCAGCAGAUUGAAAUGCGGAAAGAUAUUGACCAGCUUGUUGGCCUCAGCAGUAAGCUGAAAGAUCAGCGCCAACAAUUUAUUAAGGAAAGAGAACGAUUCAUCUCCUCCAUCGAGAAACACAGGAAUUGCACGACCUGUGGGGAAAUUGCCUCCGAUUUUUUAAUUUCUGAUAUCCUAUCUUUGCCUGGAAACGACAUUGUUGAUGCACUUCCAUUGCCAAGCUUGGCUGAUGGUUAUAUCCAGGCUUCUGAAGGACAGCAACAACCUCAGGCGUCUCCUGCUGGCGUUGCUAGCUCGUUAUCUCCCGCCUCCAAGGGAACAGUAUCUUGGAUUCGGAAAUGCACCUCUAAGAUAUUUCAGUUCUCACCUACAAAAAAAAUGGAAUUACCGCCUCCUGAAAAUUUGAAUGUUGCAACAACAUCUGAGAAGAAGCAUGUUGAUGAAGAACAACCAUCUACAAGAUUGCUCCUUCCUGAUUUUGAGGUAGCCGAGGAGUCUAUUGAUAUUCAGGAACAUCGGACAGAUGUUGGUAACCAAGAAUUAGGAGCUGAUCUAAAUGGCAUGGUUGAGGAAAAUCUUCAAGAUCAAUUGCAAUCAGAACCUAGAGGGAGCCAGAGACCUGGCACUAGAGGCAAGCGACGGAUUCACAGAACACGUUCUGUGAAGGAAGUUGUGACGGAAGCCAAGUCUAUAUUGGGGGAUGAUUUUGAGCGGGGUGAACAUGGUAAUGGUAGUAUUGCAGAGCUGAAUAGUGUUGAUGAAAACAGGGAGGAAUCCGUUCCUUUGGAUGAAGGAAAAUCCAGGAAUCUACGAAAACGUACUAGAGCUCUUACUUCUCAAUCCACAGCUAGUGAGCAAGAUAUUGAGCAUAGUCAUUCUGAGAGUGUAUCUGUAGAUGGCCGCAGGAGUAGACGCAAAACCGUUCAAGCUACACAGUCGACAAUGGGAGGAGGAGCACCACGGUACAAUUUAAGGAGACCCAAAACUAGUGUUCCUAAGGUGGCUAAUGGAGCGGUUUCUGGUCGAGGCAGAGCUAAAGUUCUUUCUAAUAGUAGGGUGAUAAGAGAUGAAAUUUCCGACUCCAACGCUGCAGAAGCACAUUCAAUCAGUAUUGCCAGUGAGAAUGGAGGGAGCACACAACAUUUGCAGGUGGAAGAAGGGGGAGCGGAUCAUCUGGAAGGCAAUGCUGAUACUACAAGUAAGCUGGCGGAGGAGGAGGAAGUUUUGAGCGACGAGAUUGAAGGAACACCAAAAGGGAAAAAUGCAAAGAGGGAGGAUGAAGAAGAAGAAGAUGAGGAAGAAGAUGGAGAGGAGGAUGAGGAGGAGGCACAGCAUCCGGGUGAAGUGUCUGUAGGAAAGAAACUGUGGACCUUUCUCACAACAUGAUGAAGGGGGGCCAUUACAUUCUUUCAAAUUGAGUCCACUCUGGGUGGAUGUAAUUUUAGAUUUUAGGAAGAAGAAGAAGGGUAUGUUUGUUUGCUUUGUUUGUACUGGUAGCUUUAAUUAGGUCAUCGUGUUCUCGUCGUCGUCCUCUUAUUAGGUGUGCAUUAGCAUGAAAAGUUAAAAAAAUCAGCCACGAGAAAUAGGACUAAAAAGUGGGCGAUUUUUAGUAGGUGAUUGGUGAAGGAUAAUAAUGGUGUAGGUUGUAGUAGAAUGAUUGAUGGUAGUUUAUCUAUCUUUUGGAGACUUGUUGAUUUCUUUUGGUUUUUGACAAUUACUACUGUAUCAUCAUCAACCCAUCUUUUUGUAAUUUUUUCUUUUCUUUUUUGGAUUCA